AUGGUCCACUACAAGCUCACUUAUUUUCCAAUGCGUGGAGCAGCUGAAACAGCUAGACAGAUAUUUGCCAUGGCUGGACAAGACUUCGAGGAUGUUCGCAUAACCUAUGAGGAGUUUGCACCAAUGAAAAGCAAAACCCCAUUCGGGCAGCUUCCGGUGCUCGACAUCGACGGCACGCAGAUAGCUCAAUCUCUGGCGAUUUGUCGUUAUCUGGCUAGAAAAUUCGGAUUUGCUGGAAAAUCUCCAAAAGAUGAAGCUAUUGUUGAUUCGUUAGCCGAUCAAUACACUGAUUAUCGCACUGAAAUUAAACCAUGGCUGUACGUUGCUGCUGGAAUGAAAGAAGGUAACGCGGAAGAACUCAAGAAAGACGUCUUUAUGCCGGCACGCCAAAAGUAUUUGGAUAUCAUUACCAAAUUUCUGAAACAGAACAAAUCCGGUUUCCUGGUUGGAGAUUCAGUGACAUGGGUAGAUCUGCUUGUAGCUGAACAUAGUUCCAUGAUGCUUCACUUUGUCCCGGAGUACGUCGAGGGCUACCCUGAGGUGAAAGCUCAUAUGGAGAAAAUUCAUGCAAUUCCAAAUAUCAAGAAAUGGAUCGAAACACGACCCAAAUCGGACUUUUAA